AUGACAGAUACUGCGUCAGCUGACACAUCGGGAGCUGACAAACGGCAACCAGGUGCCGGAAGUACAACCAACAGGACACAGCGCGAGUCUCGACGAGAGUCAACGUCACGGAGUGGUCAGGGUCCACUCCAAUGUGAUAUUUGUGGUAGACGUUUUAAAUUUAAAUCAAAUUUUGACAUGCAUUACAGAACUCACACUGGCGAAAAACCUUAUGAAUAUGACGUGUGUCAACGCAGAUUUAAUACGAGGAGUAGUUUAAAACGACACGUUAUAACUCAUACUGGUGAAAAACCUUAUGAAUGUGACGUGUGUCAACGUCGAUUUAAUGAAAAGGGUAAUUUAUUAAAACACCGUAGAACCCAUACUGGUGAAAAACCUUAUGAAUGUGACGUGUGUCAACGUCGAUUUAAUGUGAAGAGUAAUUUAUUAAAUCACCGUAGAACUCAUACUGGUGAAAAACCUUAUGAAUGUGACGUGUGUCAACGUCGAUUUAAUGAAAAGAGUAAUUUAUUAAAACACCGUAGAACUCAUACUGGUGAACAACCUUAUGAAUGUGACGUGUGCCAACGUCGAUUUAAUAUGAAGAGCACUUUAUUAUCACAUUAUAGAACUCACACUGGCGAAAAGCCUAAUGAAUGUGACGUGUGUCAACGCAGAUUUAAUGAGAGGAGUAAGUUAAAAAGACACAUUAGAACUCAUACUGGUGAAAAACCUUAUGAAUGUGACGUGUGUCAAUGUCGAUUUGUUCAGAAGAGUAAUUUAACAAAUCACAGGAAAACUCACACUGGCGAAAAAUCUUAUGAAUGUGACGUGUGUCAACGUCGAUUUGUUCAGAAGAGUAAUUUAACAAAUCACAGGAGAACUCACACUGGCGAAAAACCUUAUGAAUGUGACGUGUGUCAACGCGGAUUUGUUCAGAAGGGUGCUUUAACAAAUCACAGGAGAACUCACACUGGCGAAAAACCUUAUGAAUGUGACCCAAUGUCGAUUUAAU